GCCCGAUCGGCCCAGGAGUUAUUCAUUGCACUUGAAAAUUCAGUAUAGAAUACAUUCAGACACCUUCAACGGACAAACUGAUGAAGAUUGAAAUUUUCUAACCAUGUCUAAGGUUCAAGAUUUGAACCUGACUUUUUCGGGUUGCGGAUUUUUGGGAAUCUACCACAUUGGAGUAAUGUCUUGUCUAAAACAAAACGCGACCAGCCUUUUGGGUCGGGUGAAAUGUUUUGGAGGAGCAAGUGCAGGUGCUUUUGCAGCUGUCGGUUUAGUGAUGAACUUGGAUGUCUCUGACAUUGUAGAAUCGGUACUAAGACUCGGGAAAAGAGCAAAUUCUCUUUCACUAGGACCUUUCCAUCCGAGUUUUCAGAUCGUCAAAACUGUCCGGAAAGCGUUUGACCAAAUGUUGCCUGACAACGCACACGAGAUAGCGACUGGACGAUUGCACAUUUCACUAAGUCAAGUCACUCUCACUGGCUUUAAAAAUGUCAUCAUUUCUGAAUUUUACUCAAAAGAGGAUCUAAUUGAGGCUCUUGUAGCCAGUUCCUAUGUGCCAGUAUUUUCUGGAAUGUUUCCAGCUGUAUAUAGAGGGAAGUACUAUGUGGAUGGAGGAAUUUCUGAUAAUCUUCCACAACACUUCAAAGAAGGAGAAACUAUCACAGUGUCCCCAUUUAGUGGUGAACAUGACAUUUGUCCCAAAGAUGUUUCAUCAAAUGAAUUUCACAUAGAAUUACGAAAUACAAGCAUGCAGUUUACUGGAAGUAACAUUUGGAGAUUGUCCCAUGCACUGUGGCCUCCAAGUCAAGAGGUUUUGAUUGAUAUCUGCAGGCAAGGUUAUAGGGAUACGUUAAGGUUUCUCACAGAGCAUUACCCUGAUACACUAAUGCUUGAGUCACUAACAACAGCUUCUAUGGUGUUUGAUAUUCUGCCAUUACACAGCAGUUCUCCAUCUUAUUGUCAAGGAUCAAGCAUUAUUCAGGGAGCAAGCCAGAGUUCUGAUUUAUCAUUUAAUGACAACAAUUUAUCCUGUGAUUAUAAGGAGACUGGCUUGUGUCUUGCUCCAGGAAGCCAUUGGGCUGAAACUGAAUUGGAGGAAGGAGAAUCAAAAUUAUCCAUGAUACUUUUGGAUGCCAAUAAAAGUGCAACAGAAGCUGAGCUUUGGUCAUGCUACUUUUUGCGCAAGUCAUGUCACAUCUUGGAUCUUCUUGCCAGACCGUGCAUCAUAACUUUCAAGCAAAUCUUGGUAAUGCUCAAAAUAAUUUUGCAAGCUUUGAUUAAGAUUGAAAAAACAGGGUGCAAGUACUUUGAUAACAUGCUAUCAGUUGUUUCCACAAUGCUGCAGACAUAUGAGGACAAACAUCAGGUUACAAUACACUGGAAAUCUAAAUCUUUUAUGAACUUGACAGAAGAAUCAACAGAUGUUGGAGAAUCAUCCCUUAUUUUGUAUGACCAGACACAAAAAGUUAUCUCUGAUGCCAUGGAAGGACUUAGUACUGUUUACCAGAAUGAACCAAGUAUCUUGGUUAAUGAAUUCCAAGAAGGUUUUGAUGAGAACAUGGAUGCAACAGAACAUCCUGUUGACAAUAGUUAGACAAGCAAAAAACCAAGAGACAAGGAUGAUGAUAGGGGAACACCUCUUUCUCUGUAAUUAAUGAUGAAAGAAGCUCCCAUAUUGAGAGCAAUGAUGAGUAUGUGAUUCUUACCAGCUGAAUGGACAAAAAUUUUUGUCAACAAUUUCUUAUUUUUAAUAGGUGACAAAAGCACCAACAGCAGAGUAUGUAAUUUAUGAACAAUGAGACCAAGAAUUAUUUUGAUUAUCCUUUUGCAUCAAGACAAAAAUAUUCAUUCAGUAUUUAAAAUGACUUCUGCUUUUAUUUGUUCAGAAAUAUCAAAUCUUUUGGAAGGAAGUAUCCUCUUAAGUUACUUUGACUUAUACCUGAUAAUUUAGCAAGACAAUGUGACUUGUGUUUUGUGUGUUCAUUAAUUAAAAUAAUUCUUCUAUAAAGCCAGGUUAAUGGUUAUUAUAAACUGUAAAGAAAUCAAAAUAAAGACAAUACAUAUUAUCUGAAAUGGCUAUUGUAUAUAUAGGAAGGUAAAUCAUAUUUAUAAAGAAAUUGUGGCAAUCAGUACUAUUUCACAAAAUGUUGUCUUUGUUCGGGCUGAUUUACUGAAGGGAGAGCAUUUAUAUCGCUGUUAGAAUAAAGUGGAUGGAUAACAGUACUGUAAUAAUGUGAAUAAAAUUGUUGCGACUUUCCUUUCAA